AUGGCAGUUGAUCCAAGAGUUGCGGACAUCAUCCGCGGCAAGAAGUUGCACUAUUGCCUAUGUGCUGAUACUAGCCGAUGGCACCUUUUUGAGAACGUGGCCCUGCCCGAUGCUACCUUUGCCUACUUUGAUAUCGACGGGUCUUUACUGGGAAGUGAUGGGGUUGACUGGAAUUGGCCUACGAGAGAUGAGUUUGCAACGUACUACGAAAAGACAUUGGGCCAGUACCGGAGUAUACACUCUAUAGGCUCUUCAGCUUUCGAACAGGUUAGCCCUGAUGAGGUGAAGGCUACGUUCGGCGUCAUUUGGCGGGUCGCAGUGAACGAAAAGCAGGGGACAGGCGGGGGGUACUACUUCGAGACAUGGGUUCGAAAGGAUGACGACUGGUUCAUGAAGUCUUUAAGGCUUGAAAGAACCUAUUGGCAUAUAUAA